UAAUACAUAUUAUUUCAUGGACAAUCAAUGCCAUACUUGUUCUUUUCCCGCUCCUAAGAGCUUAAAAUGUGUUCAUGAAUAAUUUGAUAGUGUGUGUGGGGCAUCCAUAUAAGUUAUAUUAGUAAGACGCUCCGAUUAUUGCACAGUUAUUUAGAAUUUAGAUUUAAUAAUACUUUAAGAAAAAGGAAUGUCGUGUUGCGAUGGAAAUGAUGAAGAGGAACAAAGACCGCAACCAACUCGCGUACGGGGAUGCACGGAUAUUUUCUGGAUGUGUUUUUUUAUAGCAUUUUGGUUUCUUAUGAUUUUAAUAGCAGCUUUUGCAUUGGUAUAUGGUAAUCCAUUACGUCUCAUAAAUGGAUAUGAUAGCUUUGGUAAUACAUGCGGUAUGAAAAAUAAUCCAAAAUUUGGGAGCAUGGAGCUUUUUGGACAAGAUACUAGUGAUAAACCAUAUUUAUUUUUCCUUGACGUAAAAAAUGUAUCACAGUCUUUAAAAAUUUGUGUCAAAAAAUGUCCUGAUAGAACUAUGAUAACUAUGGACGAUAUAUGUCAAUUUUAUAAAGAAACAGGUUCUCAGUUAUGCCAUGAUAAACCAGGAAAUGAUUUUAGUGCUUGUAGUACUGGAAUUAAUAAGCACAAUAAGACAGGAUCUUGUCCUGAACUACCUGUUUACAAUAGCAUUCCAAUACUUAAUCGUUGCAUUCCGAAGGCUGUUCAAGAUGUAGGGGAAACAAUUAUUUCUAACUUAUAUGGUCUCAUUAAUUCAUGGGAUGUGAUUGAACAAAUAUUAGGUGAUCUAUAUAAAACUUGGAGAGAAAUCUUAGCAUUAUCCUUUUUAGCUUUUGUACUGUCCCUUUUCAUGAUUGCCAUCUUUCAUUUGUUGGCAAGUAUUGUAACUUGGAUAGUAAUGAUCCUUGUCAGCAUUGCAUCAGUAGCUGGAACAGGAUUAUUAUGGUGGACAUAUAUAGGAAUAAAAAGAACAUUAGAUAAAACAGAUCCAAAUCAACUUUUAGAAGAAUCAGUUAGAAAUGAAAGAGCUUUUUUAAUAUUUUCUAUUAUCGCAACAAUAAUAACAAUUAUACUGUUGUUACUUGUUUUUGUUUUACGUAAACGUAUUAGUUUUAUGACAGCAUUAUUUAGGGAAAGUGCAAAAUGUUUAGGAGAACUACCUGGUUUAUUUUUCCAACCAUUAUUAACCUUUACUGCUUUAAUUCUAUUCUUUGCUUUUUGGGUUACAGUCAUCUUAUGUCUUGCUACAGCUAAUUAUCCAGGAACAAAAUCAGUUCAAAUGUAUAAAAAUCAUAUAUUUGAUCCUCUGAAUUUAAGUUCUCUUGGAGAAAAAAAUAUUUUUAUACAAGAAGAAAAACUAAGCAUUUCUAUACAUAAAUUUAAAACAUUUACGCUCGUUGAAUACGUUGAUGCAACUUGGGUAAAAUAUAUGUGGUGGGUUUAUAUAAUAGGUUUGAUAUGGACAUCAGAAUUUAUAAUUGCUUGUCAAGAUAUGGUAAUAGCUGGUGCAGUUGCACAUUGGUAUUUCAGAGAUAAGGAUGCAAGCUUAUCACCAGUAUGUUCAGCUAUUGGAAACUUGAUUAGUUAUCAUUUGGGUUCGGUUGCUUGUGGAUCAUUCUUAAUAACUCUUUUUAAAUUACCUCGUCUUAUUUUGACAUAUUUGCACAAGAAAUUUGAGAAAAACAAAGAAACUUCUCCAUGUGCACAAUGUGGUCUGAAGUGUUGUAUUUGUUGUUUUUAUUGUUUAGAAAAGUUUAUCAGGUAUAUGAACCAUAAUGCAUAUACAGUUGUUGCCAUUGAAGGAACAAAUUUUUGCAAUGCUGCUAGAAUUGCUUUCAAAACAAUUGUUGAUAAUGCUCUACAAGUAGCUGUAAUUAAUGGUAUAGGAGAUUUUAUAUUAUUCUUAGGAAAAUGUUUUGUCACAGCUGCUACAGGAAGUGUUGGAUUACUCUUCAUGAGGCAUGAUCCACGAUUGCAUUUUUAUGCGGCACCAAUUUUUAUUACUUGUAUUUUUGCAUUUUUUAUUGCACAUUGCAUUAUUUCAUUAUACGAGACUGUUAUAGAUACUUUAUUUUUAUGUAUAUGUGAAGAUAGAAAUUUAGGUGGAGAAAAUGGAAAAUGGCGUCAGUCUCCAUUAGCACACAUUGGAUCAGAUGUUAAUACAAAUGGUCAGCAAUCUCAUGAAUUAUCACCAAUGAAUACAUAAACACACAUUUGAAUAUUAGUAUUAAUUUAUAUUGCAAUUCUUCCAUAGCUUAUUCAAAUGUCUUUCAGAUAUAUUUUUUCUAUUAUCAUUUUUGUAACAAUAUAUAGUUAUUCAUUUCAGUAUUUUUUUUAUUUUAUGAAAACUACAUAUUGUUUAUAGUGAUAACUUCAAUUACAAAUAUGCCUUAUGCAAUAUAGAUUAAUAAUAGAAUUUUAAAUAAUAUAUUAGAUAUAUAAUUUUUAAAUAAUAUGAAUGUAAAGUAAAAUUUAUGAUUUAUAUAAAUCAGAAUCAAUCAAGAGAAAUAUUUUUGAGAUGCAUUAUAUGCCUAAUAUGAGAUUUUUUAUCUAUACAACGACACUAUAGUUAUACAUGAUGUUAUAUAGAUAGCAGAUUUUUAUAAGAUAGGUAUACAACUUUUAGUUUGCAGACAGUUUUAUUAAUAUAAAAUGAGGCUU